AUGCUUGGUUAUGAAAGUUAUGUUUAUACUUUAGAACAAGAAAAUGAUGUUAAAUUGAUUUUUCGAUGUCAGAAUAGAGGUUGCAAAGAUGCUACCAGUCAACUACCUCAAAGUGAGACACUUCUGAGAACUAUUCGUCGACAACGUCAAAAGGCCCCAAUGAAUUCCAGCAAUCAACUGCCUGAUCAUUUAAAACAAGCAGACCGUGGGGAGAACUUCGUACUUCGCGAAGAUGAAAAAUUGAUCAUUUUUAUCACUGCGACGAAUCUUUCAGUAUUGAAAACGUGUAAACAUUGGUUUGUCGAUAAAAUAUUUAAGAUGUGCCCAGACGAUUCCUACCAAAUGAUCACGUUACAUGGAUUGUUCAAAUCGCAAAUUAUUCCACUGGUAUAUGGUUUACUUGCAGGAAAAAACCACGGACUACGACCAUUUUUUUCCGCGUAUCAUGAACGAAGAUGA